GCAGUCAAGUUCAAUAUUUAAAACAAGACGGUCAUGUUUCCCUUAACGGCUACAUAUUACAAUCCUCAGAAAAAACUCUGGUCCGGGCCAGAGAAAAAAGAUUUAUAUAAUGAAAAUAUGACAUUGGGAGAGGUAACAUACUUGGAGUUCGUUAAAAAUCCACAAAAAGUUAUACAAAUCAAUGAUACGACAAAGGAGCAAAUGACAGCUCAAGAAUUUCUCCUGCAUGUUAGAGCUCUGAGUAAAAAUUUAUUAAAAAUGGGACUUAAGGCAGGUGAUGUUGUGGGUAUGUAUGCCAACAAUGCUACUCAUACAGCAACAAUUAUGAUGGCCGCCUAUUUGUGUGGUACUCCGGUAAAUGCUCUAUAUCCUGGUUUCGAUAAAGAUAAUGUGCAACUAAUCUAUAAAGUUACAACACCCAAAAUUAUAUUUUGUGAUGUAGAAAAUUAUGAAAUUGCUUUCAAGGUUUGUAAGGAUUUAAAUUUAAAAAUUCCAAUCUAUACAUUAAAUGGUGAAAUCAAGGGAGUGUCUAGUAUAUUGAGUUUAGUAAAAACGGAAACCGAGUCUCUAAAUGAACCUUUCGAAUUUCCCUGUGUCAACUUAAAAGGCGAUGAUACUGCCAUUAUUUUAUGCUCAUCUGGCACGACCGGUACACCUAAAGGUGUACUCUGUUCUCAUCGGGCGUUACUUAAUCAACCGGUUUAUCUCAACCUCAAAUCCGAUUCAGUUUUGUGCACUUUUAGUACCAUGUAUUGGGCUUCUGGACUUUGGAACUUAAAUGCUUCUUUAAUAAAUUGUUGUUUAAGAAUUAUAACUAAUAAAGCAUUCACACCUGAAUACUUUCUGCAGUUGAUCGAACGUCAUCAGAUCACUCAUAUGAUAACGAAUGGUAGUCAUAUGGCUGAACUGGUAAUGUACGAUGAUGUUGCAAAAAUACAAAAAUCUCUGGCUAGUAUUGAUACAUUUGUAGUUGGUGGUUCCAAAGUGCCAUUGAUUGUACAAGAAAAAAUGAUAGAUAUAAUGAAAGUAAACAAUAAACGUCCCGGCUUUGGUGUGGCCUAUGGUAUGUCUGAGCUAUCGACUAUGCUUUCGUUUAAUGGUGGUUAUAUAUGUGAGCAAAAAGUGGGUUCGGAGGGUAAAUUGACUGCCAACAAGCAAGUCCGCAUCAUUAAUAAGGAAGGCGAUUUUCUGGGGCCCAAUGAACAUGGUGAAAUUAUUAUCUAUACACCUUACCAGUGGUUUGGCUACUAUCGUAAUGAGGAUGCCUACAAGAAAGCUUAUAAAGACAAUUGGUUAUAUACCGGCGAUAUUGGUUUCUUUGAUGAUGAUGGUUUCUUGCAUGUUUGUGCUCGUGAUAAUGACGUUUUUAAAGCUCGCAACUUUCAAAUCUAUCCACAACUUAUAGAAGAUAUUGUGGUACAAGUACCAGGUGUUUUUGAGGCUUGUGUUUUCGGUAUACCCGAUUUAGUGGCAUCACAUUUAAUUACUUGCGCUGUAGUUCGAAAAGAUGACGACAGUGGCCGCAAACUAACGGCCAAAGAAAUUAUUUCUUUUGUUGAAUCAAAAAUGGGCAGUAUGUAUCAUUUAACGGGUGGAGUAUAUUUUAUAGAUGCCAUACCUAAAACCGGUUCGGGUAAAGUACAAAGGCGUAAAGUUUUGGAUGUUGUGCUUGACAUGAAGGAUAAAUAAAUGUAUUUUAAUUAGAAGAUAAGAAUAUUUGUAGAUAAAUUGUAAUUAAUAAAUAUUUAUAGUGAAAUUAGAUGAA